AGACAACAAAGGGCUGCGGGCGACUGACGGAGGUGUCCGUGUAGGUCGGUGCUCCACUGUGCUCAGGCGCUCAGCCUCCCACCUGUCCGACUCCAGAUGAAGUGUGAGCACUGCACCAGGAAGGAAUGUAGUAAAAAAACGAAAACUGAUGACCUAGAGAAUGUGUCUGUUGAUGCACCAAGUCCAGCCCAGGAGAAUGGAGAGAAGGGAGAGUUCCAUAGGUUAGCCGAUGCCAAGAUAUUCCUGAGUGACUGCCUGGCGUGCGACAGCUGCCUGACUGCAGAGGAAGGAGCCCAGCUCUCCCAGCAAAGCGCCAAGGAAUUCUUCCGUGUUCUGAACCUUAAUAAGAGAUGUGAUACCUCAAAGCACAGAGUGCUGGUAGUGUCUGUGUGUCCUCAGUCUUUGCCUUACUUUGCUGCUAAAUUCGACCUCAGUGUCACUGACGCGUCCAGAAGGCUCUGUGGCUUCCUCAAGAGUCUUGGGGUACACUAUGUGUUCGACACCUCCAUAGCUGCGGACUUGAGCAUCCUGGAGAGCCAGAAAGAGUUCGUGCGUCGGUUCCAUCAGCACAGUGAGGAGCAGCGUGCACUGCCCAUGCUGACCUCUGCCUGUCCAGGCUGGGCUCGCUACGCUGAGCGGGUGCUGGGCCACCCUGUCACUCCCCACCUGUGUACCGCCAAGUCCCCUCAGCAGGUCAUGGGCUCCUUGGUGAAGGAUUACUUUGCCAGACAGCAGAACCUGGCCCCAGAGAAGAUUUUCCAUGUAGUUGUGGCCCCUUGCUACGACAAGAAGCUGGAGGCUCUGCGGGAGGGGUUCUCUGCUGCUCAUGGUGCCCAGGGUGCUGACUGUGUGCUGACAUCAGGUGAAGUUGCUCAGAUAAUGGAGCAAAGUGACCUCUCCGUAAAAGACGCUGCGGUGGACACCCUGUUUGGAGAUGUGAAGGAGGCCCCAGUGAGGCGCCACGAGGGGGCCGGCUCCGACGGGCACCUGGCCCACGUCUUCAGACACGCGGCCAAGGAGCUGUUCAACGAGCACGUGAAGGAGAUCACCUACCGCGCCCUGAGAAACAAAGACUUCCAGGAGGUCACCCUGGAGAAGGACGGGGAGGUUCUGUUGCGCUUCGCUGCUGCCUAUGGCUUUAGGAACGUCCAGAACCUGGUCCUGAAGCUCAAGAAGGGCAAGUUCCCGUACCACUUCGUGGAGGUCCUUGCGUGUCCCAGAGGGUGCUUGAGUGGCCGAGGCCAAGCGCAGACGGAGGACGGGCACUCGGACAAGGCCCUGCUGCGGCGGAUGGAACGCAUCUACUCCGACAUUCCUGUGCAGCCCCCAGAGAGCAGCGCACACCUGCAGGAGCUGUACCAGGAGUGGCUGGAGGGCAGCGGCUCCCCCGGUGCCCAGGAAGUGCUGCGCACCACGCACCCGAGCCCGGUGCGUUGCUCAGGCAGCCUGGACAUCAGGUGGUGAAAGAAGCCGGGGCAGCUUGUCCACCGGAGGUCUGCUCUGAGCUGGAGGGUGGGCCUCCAAGAAACAGCUUGUUGAGCCUCCCUGGCUGUCAUUGUCCUCUGCUGCCCCGACAGCGUGGGGGAAGGUGUGCCCCAGGCCAACGGUCCUUUUAUCCCAAGGUCGUGUGAAACACCCAAAGAGUGAGAACCAAGACAGAGUAUUACCUUUUAGGGUUAAAAGACUGGACGCUGUCCUGUGAAGAGUCAAGGGCAGGUGCAGUCCACACUCCUCAGCGGCUGCUCAGAAGUGGGGCAGCAGGGCUGGGCUUGAGCCCGCAGUGCCUUCCCGCUCCUGGCCUAGUUGGCUCCUGCUGUCCCCCGUACGUCUCUAAGAACGACCAAGAGUGCUGGCAGCAGUGGUCCGGGUUCCUGGGCCAUCAGAGUACAGCACCCCCACCCUGCUGGGCACACGCAGCUGGCUGGGGACCUGUGCACUGGCCACUCAGGCCCGGCCUGACCUGGGGCAUUUAGUCUGAGCUGGACUCAUGCAGGGGGAGAGGCUGACAAGGGUGACCGACAUCAGGAGAAGGCGCGGGGCAUCCCCAAAGCUCAGUACCAUCACGGCCAGGGAGGAGAGCACAGGCCCACCUGCCCUGCAGGGGUGGGACCGCCACGCCCCCGCUUGGGACAGCCCCUUCAGCUCUGGCCGUGCUGCCUGUGUGCUUGCCUUAAGGAGAGGAAGAACGCGGUGUCUCCAAAAGGACUGGACUCAGACUCGCGGAGCUGACCGGCUCCUGCUGGAGCUGGCGGUGCUGCGAGGCCCGCGGGCGGCCUGGUGCAGCACUUGUUUCCUCGGCGUGUGUGGCUGCCUUGGUCCCGUGCUGUGCGGUGUGCCUGUCUAGGUGGGUGACCGGCGCAUGUUGCUGUGUGUUCUUUGCUUUCGAUCUGUACAUGCGGUUGGGUGCUCAUCCUCUGAAGGAACCGAUGUGGAAUAAACAGCAGGAAGGGGCCUGAUUGCGGAACCCACCUGGUUGGGCUGCAGCCCGGGUCCCCUCCCUUGCCACACCCAAACCUGGGCAGCUGCCUCAUGCGGGUUCAGCCGGAAGUCCUGCCUCCUUCAGGAGGACUCCAGCAGGCCGCGCGGGGACCUCUUGGUGCCAUCCCAGCGCAGCUGGCACUGAGGGUCUGGCCUCUGACAGUCGGGGCCUUUCCCUGGCUGACUGGGUGUGGCCCUGUGCGCAGGAGUAGAGACAGGUUCUCUUCCUCUGCUGUGACCGCAGCCUGAGUAGUCAGGAGCAGGUUGGACGGUCACAGUGCUGGUGCACAUGACAGUGAGGGGGAGGACAGGCUGGACCCAGACUGGCCACGCGGAGCCUGCUGCUGCACAGGGAAGCUGCAGAUCUGGUGCCACCUUGUGCUUCCAGUGGCCAGAGCGUGUCGAGAAGCUUCGCUCUAUGUGCCUGCAAGUGUGCUGACCACUGAGGUCCCACGGGUUCUAGGCACGCCUGUCUUGGUGUGACCCUCACUGAGUCCGGCCCAGGUAUGUCGGCUGAGGGCACCGUGGUCCAAGUGGUUGGCAGACCUGCCCAGGGGCACUGGACAAUGAGAAGACCCAACACGUGUCUCCAGUCCACCUUUUUCCACACAAGCACCACGUUUUCCCCAGUUGUCAUGACAUUUGUCUCAAACCCACGACUCCAAGGUUAGAGACUGAGUCCACGUCACUGAAGGCACAGUGACCUCUGGGGAGACGGCAAGACUUUUUUUUUGGUAUGGGGGCUUGAACCUGGGGGUGCUCUGCCACUGAGCUGCACCCCAGCCCUUCUUCGUUCUGAGACGAGAUCUUGCCAAGUUGCCCAGGCUGGCCUCAGACUUGUGACCUAGCUUCUGUAAGGAUGCGUUGUUUCUUGAGAUGAGAACGUGCAAGGGCUGAAGUUCUUUUAGUUUGGAAAGGAUGUUUUGUUUUUGCUGGCAGUUGCUGUUCAUGAAGUCAGUCAGAGGAGUGGUGCUCACUCUCGGACGCGUGGUCUCUGCAAGUCUCCAGCAACAGCAGCACCUCGGGGGUGUGCUCUGGGAUGCCCAGGGUCACGCUUACAGAGCCGACAAUGCCACCAAUGGGACUGUGUCCCUGUGGGCCUUUAUGCACUGACACAGAAGUCUCAGAACAGUGCGUACAAUGAGACCACUGUGGGCUAGAGAAAGGACACUCGGAAGAAAAUGUUUGAGGUUCUGGGUUUACCCCAGCACCGCAGGAGAAAAAAUAGGCACGGCGGGGGCAGGGGAGAGUGGGAAGGACCAAAUCCCGAAGGACAGGUCCCUCUGCAGAGGGAGGGAGGGGUCUCUGGCCUUGGGAUUCCUCACCUGUAGGGAGCCCAGGUGGGUCUGCGAUGGGCAGCCUCCCCAGAGGGGCAGAUGGACCCGAGUGUGGGGUCCUGGGCCAGGUGGUUGUGAAGGAAGGGAGCCCAUGGGAGGGCCCCCCAGAGGACAAAAGGGCUGCAGGGCAAGGUGGGUUGGUGUGGGGUCCCAGUGCUGCACAUCUGCUCCUGACUGGACACAGGCACGGAGGGGGACGUGGGGCAGUUAGUGCCUUACCAGGUGGGAAAUAGAACCCAGCAGCAGAGGGUGGUUUCCACCCAUGGACUCUGGUUAUGGGUCCAGCAGGCCUCUGUUGUGACCAUUGCUGGCCCAGCCUGGCAUGGUGCUGGCAGCAUGCAGACAGUGUCCCUGGCCAGCUAGGACAAAGCCACCCUCAGGAUGAGACAGGUGCCUGCUUACAAAUCAGCACAACUUGCUCUUCCUCUCUCAAGGGCACUCUAACUUCUGAGCUGUAUCCCAGCCCUUUGUAUUUUUUUUGAGACAGGAUGCAAGUGGUCCCAGCUGUCCUCAAAUUUGUGAUCCCCCUGCCUCAGCCUCCCAAAUCCCUGAGAUCACAAGCCCACACCAUGGGACCCUCAACUUCUUAAAGAUCUCCAAAUUCCUGUCCGUUCUAAAAACAGGCAAGAGCUGGGUCAUAGUCAUGGAGAGACUACUUGCCUAGCAUGCAGGAGGCCCCUGGGUUAGAUCAUUAGCAUGCAGGGGUGGUAACAGUAAAAGAGAGAGAGAAAAGGAAAAGAAAAAAUGUUGGGCUAGGGCUGUGGCUGGUUGGAAGGCUUGCCUAGCACACAGGGACCUGGUGGGGCUGUGGCUGGUUGGAAGGCUUGCCUAGCACACAGGGACCUGGUGGGGCUGUGGCUGGUUGGAAGGCUUGCCUAGCACACAGGGACCUGGUGGGGCUGUGGCUGGUUGGAAGGCUUGCCUAGCACAGGGAUCUGGGUUGCAACCCCAGCAGUCAAGGAACAACCUACAUAGCCCAGAGUGGUGGCCCUCCCCACAGUGCUGGUUGGAUUUGGGGAAGGAACAAACAGCAUCAUUUCUCCCAUCAGUUGAAAUGUCUCGUAAUUGGGCCAGUUGUGAAUAAAGUGCCCUUUAAAUUCUGCUUCUCUUGACCUACUUCUUCCCAGUGGUCAAGGAAGCUAUUUCUUCCACAUAAAGCUACUUAAAAUUAGUGUUGUGAAAUCUUGGUGAUUAGUAUUAUGAUUUGAAGAAAAACAUUUUUAAAAGCCUACAUUUUCAGAGAGGUAUUACACAGUCCUCCCAAGAACAUUCUGGAAGUGAGUCACCUGGGGAACAAUCUAAGCUUGCAGUGGAUCUCUGUGUAAGACAGUGGGACUAAGAUAUCUUCUCUGGCACAUCCCAAACUUCAUCAAACUAAGUUUGACUGGGAUAGUCAAAGAGAACAGCUGCCUCUAGCUUCAUGAUUUUCUUUUUUUCUUUUAAAUUUUUAAUUGUAUAUGCACAUGAUCUUUAUUUUUUUUUAAUGUGGUGUGCUGAGAAUUGAACCCAGUGCCUCAUAUGUGCUAGGCAAGCCCUCUACCACGGAGCCACAACCCAGCCCAUGAUUUUCAUUUCUGAUUUUUAUUUGUUUCUUGUGCUGGUUGCUGGAACCCAGGGCCUGGUGCACACUGAGCAACUGCUCUACCUCUGAGCACAACCCCAACCCUUAAGGUAGUUCCAUGGGUGAGGCUAAGGAUGGCUCCAGGGCUGGCUGCGGGCUGGCAGUACCCGGAGGCCAGAGAGGCAAGGACGCAGAGAGCAGGGCCAGCACGCUCUGCCUGGCACGCGCCUUGGUGAGGCUGGUGUGGGAGGGUCUGGGCCUCCGGGGAGGGUGCGCGGGAGUCCUGCAGACGGCAGGGGAGCCAGAGGUGGCCACAGCAAGGCGGAGGGACCCUGCCUGCUGGGGCACUGGGGGCAGCAGUGCGGUCUAGGGGGGCUCCUGGGCUUGCAGCUCAGGCUUCAUGCCUGCGCACGCGCUGAGUUAGCCGCACCAUUUAUUUUUUUUGUAUUCAUUGUUUAGCGUUGGGGAUUGAACCCAGGGCUGUUCUACCACUAAGCUACAC